GAAUUUGUCCCUGGAAUAAUCUAUAUAAGCUGGUAACUGGCCAGCACCACCACACUCUGUCUAGCUAGAUCAUACGCAGCAGUCAUGGCCCUCCAAGCGUUGUUCUGUGCGUUUCUGUGUUCGUGCGCAGUAAGAGCGGUUCCACAGACCUACGGGAUUUUGGAGGUGGUGGAACCUCAGCCAAGCACGGAGCAGCUGGGGCCCUUCCAGAACAUCGUCAGCUCUGCCAUCGACUUUCUUCCAGACAUCACAAACAUAUUUCAGAUGAUAACAAGAGUACGUGAUCCUUCCUCGAAGCCUGCUGACUUGAAAGCCGUCGAGGAAAUCAUCUUGUCCUUUCUGCCCAUCACGGAGAAGAUGAUGACCGCUGCAGCUAAAGCAGAAGGCAGGGAGGUAAAGCCUGAGGAUCUGGAGAGGCUGGCUCGUGUCUCAAAGAUCUUGCCAAGUUACUUCCAACUCAUAGAGGACAUAACAAAAAGAGAUUUCAGUGGAAUACCAGAUCAUGCUGGCUCAGGAUCUGGUUCUUCUGCUGAUGCUGUUCGUGCUGCUGCUGGUGAUGCUGGAGCUGCUACUGCUGGUGCUGCUACUGCUAGUGACUCUGUCUCUGCGUUGCUACCUGAAGAACAAUCUCCCGUAGCAAUCACAGGCACUUAAGCAGUUCUAGACUUCAGAAAGUCCUUCGCGAAUAAGCCUGAAACACCUUUUAGACAACAGUUUAGAAGAAAAUGAGUGUAUGGACUCACACCACACGCAGACACACACACACACACACACACACACACACACGCACAAUAGUUUGGGAAGCGAUGUAGUGGAGGCAGGAUCCAUACAUAGCUUUAAGCAGAGGUAUGAUAAAGCUCACGAUUCAGGGAGAGUGACCUAGUAGCGACCAGUGAAGAGGCGGGGGCCAGGAGCUUGGACUCGACCCCUUCAACCUCAAUUAGGUGAGUACACACACACAGGAGCUAAGACUCGACCCCUGCAACCACAAAUAUGUGAGUACACACAUACACACAAGUGAUGUAGUGGAGGCAGGAACUAUCCAUAGUUUCAAGAAGAGGUAUGAUAAAGCUCAUAGAGCAGGGAGAGGGAGGACCCAGUAGCGGUCAGUGACGAGGCGGUGCCAGGAGCUGAGUCUCGACCCCUAACUUCCAUUUGACUUAUCUGAGUCUUCAUCUUCCAAUUAUGACCCCAUGUUUCUGUGUCCCAUCUCUGGAACAUCCUGUCUCUGUCCACCUUGUCUAUUCCACGCAGUAUUUUGUAUGUUGUUAUCGUGUCUCCCCUAACCCUCCUGUCCUCCAGUGUUGUAAGGCCCAUUUCCCUUAACCUUUCUUCGCAGGACAUUCCUCUUAGCUCUGGAACUAGCCUUGUCGCAAACCUUUCCACUUUGUCUAAUUUCUUGACGUUCUUGAUCAAGUGUGGGUUCCAAACGGUGUACACUGUCUUGAACGAUUCCUUACUAAGGUAUCGGAACGCUAUUCUCAGGUUCGCCAGGCGCCUAUAUGCUGGAGCAGUUAUCUGGUUGAUGUAUGCUUCCGGAGACAUGCUCGGUGUUAUACUCACCCCACGAUCUUUCUCCUUGAGCGAGGUUUGCAGUCUUUGGUCACCUAGCCUAUACUCCGUCUGCGGUCUUCUUUGCCCUUCCCCGAUCUUCAUGACUUUACAUUUGGCGAGGUUAAAUUCGAGAAGCCAGUUGCUGAACCACGUGUUCAGCCUGUCCAGGUCUCUUUGAAGUCCUACAUGUGUGUGUGUGUGUGUGUGUGUGUGUGUGUGUGUGUGUGUGUGUGUGUGUGUGUGUGUAUGUGUACUCACCUAUUUGUACUCACCUAUUUGUGGUUGCAGGGGUCGAGUCAUAGCUCCUGGCCCCGCCUCUUCACUGACUGCUACUAGGUCUUUGCUCCGUGAGCUUUGUCAAGCCUCGUCUUAAAACUAUGUAUGGUUCCUGCCUCCACUACGUCACUUUGUAGGCUAUUCCACUGUCUGACAACUCUAUAACUGAAGAAAUACUUCCUAACAUCCCUUUGACUCAUCUGAGUCUUCAACUUCCAAUUGUGACCCCUUGUUUCUGUGUCCCAUCUCUGGAACCUCCUGUCUUUGUCCACCUUGUCAAUUCCUCGUAAUAUUUUAUAUGUCGCUAUCAUGUCUCCAUUGGCCCUUCUGCCCUCCAUAGUCGUCAGACCGAUUUCCCUUAACCUUUCUUCACAGGACAAUCUCCUUAGCUGUGGGACUAGCCUUGUUGCAAACCUUUGCACUUUCUUUAAUUUCUUGACGUGCUUGACCAGGUGUGGGCUCCAGACUGGUGCUGCAUACUCCAACAUGUGCCUGACGUAUAAGGCAUACAGAGUCUUGAAUGAUCGUCUUUGUCAGGAGGCAGAUGUAGUGAACUUACGUCCCUUCACCCACUUUGCAGAUGGAAUGUGUGGGAAACUCACAACCCCACAUGUCUCACUACCUGUGAGGAAGAUCACUCCCCUGUACAUACCUUAUCAUUAACAAAAGUGUACAGGACACAUGCCCAAACAUCGACCUUGUCAACAAGCAGCUGUGAACAUCUCUCAUCUGGAUACAUGCCUUUCCAGGAGUCAGGUGUAUGAAUCAUACUAUUGGGUUCUACGACAUAAUUUUGAAGGGGCUGAAUUUUUGUAAUAAAGCUGAUCGGUUAUGACUGGAAAACUAAUAAUAAGUAUAAAGGAAGCUUUCAACUCAUGUGACACCCAAAAUAAAAAGAUUUGGAAUGCUGUACAGCCUAAAAUUUCCAUUUCGGAUUGAGAAAACUUGUGACAAAGUUUGGUUUUACUGGUAUAUCAUAAGACUGAUUUGUAGAUAAGCCCAUAAACCAAUAACUAAAUUAACUCUCUCUAUCUCUGUCUGUCUGUCUGUAUGUCUGUCUGUCUG